UCGGACUGUUCACACUGCUGUGCGAUGUAAUAAGGAGCCUGUUGGUGUAGGUUUGUUUACAUAGUUUUUUUCUAAAGCAAGUUUUGGACUGUUACAAGAAAUUUUUUUCGGUGUUGGAAAUGAUCACUUUCUUUGCCAUGGAGAAUUUCCGGACGAAAUCGAGUCUCGGGACUUUGUUUCUUUUAGGAUUUCCAGUCGUUUUUCUUUUGGUGUCCGUCCAGUGCCAAAAAGCUACCGAUGCCUUCAAAUGCCCGCAACAGUUCGGCUACUUCCGUGACGACACGGACUGCAACAAAUACUUCAUAUGUGUGUUCGGAGACGCCCUGCACGAUAAGUGCACGCCUGGGCUGUACUUCAACGACGAGCUUCGCAUGUGUGACUGGCCCAGAAAUGUCAGGACCUGCCAAAGCGGAGGUGGUCUAUCUGGUGCUGGAUCUGAGACAACAGGCCGAAGAGUCUACGGAACUUCUACUAGCCGACCAAGAUCUUCCAGCAGCAGCAGACCUUCCUACCACCGUAACGAAAAUAUUCAUAGUCCCAACUCCAUUGCUCCAGCCAACCCGACUCAGGACACCCGUAUUGGCAGCCGAUACACACCUCCUAUUUCUAUUGGUGAAUCUUAUGCCAUGUCUAGCAGGAAUGCAACACAAUUCCGACCUUCAUCCUACGGAAGACCAUCCUCUCACACCACAACCAGAGCUCUCCCAGCAACAAGUGCACGACCUUACUUGUACAGCACAGGUGCGCCGGCUAGUUUCAAGCCAGUAUAUUACAGAGUGACGAAACCUGCAAACCCAACAGGGUCACCGAGGGAUUCGUCCAGCAGCAAAAGGAAAGUAUACGAAGAGGAUUACUACGAUACCGAGUACGAAGAUGAUGAAAGCAGCAUCGAAGAACCACAGCUUAUGGUUAAUCAGCAUCUCCGAAGCGGUAAUAACCUGUAUGUGAGACCCAUAUCCAUUGCCAGCAUCAGAACAAGUGCAGCACCUAGGCCUGCUCCCAGCUCUAGGCCGACUUAUAACUCCAAUGGAAAUAUUCUGCGUGGUCCACCAAAUACAAGGAAUUCCAAUGUUCAACCAAAGGUCACAUACACUAGCUUCGAUACCAGAGGACAAUCAAGACCUUCUGCAUAUGACAGUCGAGAAUCGGUUGAAAAUGACAGAUCUUCGUACACUCGCAACAUAAUGCGACCUGCAGCUCCAACUCACGGUAGCAACGUCAGAACUCGAACUUCCAACAGCAACAGCAACAGGAACUCGGCCUUGUCUUCCACAUACACUUCCAAUCCAAGAGAUACGGAUUCCCUGAUCCACCUUCGACCUCAAGUGAGCAACGACCGUGGCAUUCAGUCCCUGGACAACGGCGGUGAAAGUUUGGAUGCACAGUUUGGCACCAAUCCCAGGGCUAUCAGUCUACCAGACAGGCCUUACAAGAAUCCCAACUCUUAUGAGUCCAGCAGUGAGCUGAGAAAAUCUGAAAGGAACCAUCAUCAACAACAGUAUAGCAAACCCAAGGUGUCAUCGACACGUUUUUCAGCUCCCGCAAGACCAGCAUACAAGACUGAAGAUUCAUCAGAAGAAACUUAUGAUGAAUACCCAGAAUAUUAUUACGACGAUGAAGACUACGAAGAUGAUGACGAUGCGCAAAACAUCAGCCCUGUUCCUAAAGUAGUGAUAAGGCUUCAGAAGCCCGCUUCAACAACAAGAAAGACCACGACCACCACAACAACAACCACGACGACGACGAAGCGACCCGCUACAACCACGACUAGACGGCUAAUACCUCCAGCCAUCACCAAACCACCCAAAAGAGGUUUGCCUUUCGGCAUCAGUCGACCGGCCACCAAAACUACUUUCAAAGUGGGUCCUAAGCCUCUCCCCAAGCUGCCAUCGAGACCUGGAUCAGCCUAUCCCACACCCCGACCUCAGACCGUAGCUGAGAAGUGCACCAGCAGAAACUGUGUCCUCCCUGACUGUCGCUGCGCCAGCGCAGAAAUCCCAGGCAAGCUGCCCGCUAGAGAAACACCCCAGAUCGUCCUCAUCACCUUCGACGAUGCCGUCAACGACCUCAACUACGAAUUGUACGCCGAACUCUUCGACACCAGGAAGAAUCCCAACGGAUGUCCGAUCCUCGGCACCUUCUACGUCUCUCACGAGUGGACCGACUACGGAAUGGUCCAGUCUCUCUAUUCCAAAGGACACGAGAUGGCGUCUCACUCCAUCACGCAUAGCCACGGAGAAAAAUUCUCUGUCAACCGCUGGACACAAGAAAUCGCCGGACAGCGAGAAAUCCUCCACCUGUACGGCGGAGUCAAGCUGGAAGACAUUCGAGGCAUGCGAGCACCCUUCCUGCAAGUCGGAGGCAAUAGCAUGUUCGAGAGUUUGUAUCUCAAUAAUUUUACUUACGACUCCUCCAUGCCUGUACUGGACAACAACCCACCCUUUUUCCCUUACACACUGGACUACAAUAUUGGACAUGAAUGCAUGAUUCCUCCUUGUCCUACCAAAUCAUUCCCGGGCCUGUGGGAAGUUGGCAUGGUUAUGUGGAAUGACUACAGAGGUGGCAGAUGCUCCAUGGGUGACGCCUGCGCAAAUCCAGAUAACGCUGAAGAUGUCUUCAAAAUGCUUCUUAAGAAUUUCGAACGCCACUACAACUCGAAUAGGGCUCCAUUCGGUCUCUUCUAUCACGCAGCUUGGUUCACAACUCAGCACUAUAGAAAGGGUUAUAUGAAAUUCAUCGACUACAUCAACUCCAAGGAUGACGUCUAUAUGGUAACCAACUGGCAAGCAAUCCAAUGGAUGAGGGACCCAACCCCACUCUCCAGUAUCCAAUCCUUCAAGCCAUGGCAAUGCCCCAAGGAUCCAGAAAAACCCGGCCCAUGCCAUCACCCGAAGGCUUGCAAUCUGAACUACAAAGGAGGAAGCAGAAGCCUGAAAACUUGCCAACCCUGUCCGUCGGUCUUCCCCUGGACCGGUAGGACCGGAUUCGACGAAGUGUACGCCGUUUAAUAGAAUUAUGGAAAGACAAUCUGUAACAAAACUAUGAUGAUGCACAGAGUGAUUCUCUGUCACUGGCAGAAGUGAGAGAAUUACUUCAGUGUGAUUUGUUACAUUCCCCAUCCAUGUGACUGUUUAGAAGCAAGAUCAUGAACUGAGAUCUUUUAAAUGCCAAAUGUUCUGAAACUUCUUAGAUUUCUUUGGAGCUCGACAAAUAUUUAUUCAUCAGUAUUUCAACAAAAAAGUAAUUAGAUAUAAUUUUCCAAAUUCAAAAAGUAAUUGGUGGUAUAAAAAAAAGCAAAGUAAAGUUUCACUCGCAGAUAUUAAAGAUAUUUUCACUUCAAUUUUUAUAUUUUUCUAUACAUGAAAUCCAAAAUAAUAAUGAUUCACAAUAAUUAGGAAAUAAUGAUUUGUUUAUAAUUAAACACAUAAUUUUGAUAUCUGACAGCUACGAUAUUUAAAAUGUUUGAUUUGUCGAGCUCUGAUGAUCUCAAUAAACACGUUGAUUAUUACCUUUUAUUUAAACAAUUCAUUACUGCAUGAUAUAUUUUUAAGUUACAUUAUUGUAAUUUGUAGUUUGCACGAAAACAAUUUUGAAAUUUGGGAUUUUCCCAUUUAAUCAUAGCACUUUUUCAUGUCACGCAUUAACAUAUUAUUCCAUAAAACAACCAAUUGUGCAUGUUUUGAGAAAAAAAAUUUCAAACAAAUGGAAAAGUAUUAAGAAAAUCACAUUUUUCAUUAAAUUUAUCUGUCAAAAUUUACAAUGCCAACAAGCUUUAAAUUUUUUUAUAAUUUUAUUCAAGGUAAUAAUUUUGAAUUCGAACAAAAGUUAUUCAGGAAUUCUUUUAAUCUUAUAAACAAAUCAUUUAUGAGAUUAUGAGAAAGAACAAAUGCGAAAAUAGCCAGCGUGCGAAGGAAUUCACUGCCAAACGGAAUUCCAUUUCUUUAACAGGAACAGCUAUGCUCUUAUUUAAUCAGUUUGGGGCUGAGCCCUGAUUUAGUUCCGUCCAAAGUAUAAUUUAUAGCUAAAAAUUCACUUGCCACAGUCAAAAAUAUUUUUUAGUUAAGAUAUGUGACUACGUUCGGAUAAUUUUUUUAAAAGUUAUAUGCAUAUAUUUAUAUUAUAUUUUUUCAUAUAUUUAUAUAUAUAUAUAUUUAUAUUCUAUUUUAUAUUAUACAUAUAUUUAUAUAUAUUGAGUUUUUCAUAAAUACACUGCAAAACAUCUAUGAAAAUUAAAUAUAUCAGUUGAAAUGAAAAAUGUUUUUUAAUCUGGAACCAUUUUAUUAUUAUUUUAAUUUGGCUAAAAUGAGAUAUAAAGGAGAAACGUUUUAGCUUAAAAGUAUAUCAAAUGAUGCAAAAAAUAUAUCAAAAACAUAUUUAUUCGAAAAUUUAAAGAUUACUGAAGAAAAAUAUUACUUAAUUUCGGAAUUAAAAAUUAAACUCUCUUUCUAACAAGUGUUUAAAUAUUGGAGUAAAAUUGAUGAACAAUGCGAAAUUGUCAUUUUUUUUUUUAGCAUUUCUGAAAUUGUUUCUGCAUAAAUUCUUUAGUAAAUUAAAUAAAAGUUAAUUUUAAUUAAUUAAAAUAAUUCAACUAAAAAAGAAAAUCUUUCUACGUAAAUUAGUAGAAAUUAUUUAGAUUAUAUUGCAGUUUCGGAAUUGAAGAACAUAUUAAGAAAUUAUUGUCAUAAAUUUUACCAAACAAAUGUAUGAAAUUUCAAUUUAUGAAAUUUUUUUGUAAGGAGAUUUUACCAAAAUUUAAAAUUAAGAAAACAGCAUUUAAAGAUAUAAGAUAGUAUUAAAACGUAAACCAUGCAAAUAUAAAAAAAUAAAACUUCCUAAGGAUUGAGUUUAAAAACAUAACUGAAAUUGUUUUUUUAUAUAGAAAAUUGCUCAGAAACUAAGAAUAUCGAAAAACCUUAUUUAAUAAUUCCGCCAAAAAAAAAAAAAAAAAAAUUCUUUCCCAUGUAGUCACCUACCUUAAGAAUUUGCAAAUGGAAACCGAAAAAGAAAUAUUCCAUAAUUUCCUUUCAAAUAUCAAUUUUUUUCUUAAAUAAUCUGUCACGAAAUCUAUAUAUUGUUAAUGAAUAAUAAUGCCAAAUAUCAAAUAGAUAUUUUCAUGUUAUGUUUUUAAUUCAUUGUAAAACUAAAUUAUUCACUUUCAUUGAAAAGUUGCUGCAGGGAAUCGGUGCCCCCGACUGUAAUUUAACAAAUAUCUUGUUUGUUGUCGCACAGCUGUUGCUGUAAGUAAAAUUAUCUCCAUUUUCGGAGAAUGUCCGGUGAUGGUUGUUCUGUUUGAAAAAAAAUUCAAUAAAAUAUUUUCUUUUUGUA